AUGAUGCGCUGGCAUCUUGAACGCAAUGAUUGGAAUGUCAACCGCUCCGCAUCGGAAUUCUGGUGGUGCGAAGACAGACCAACAGAAGCGCCAGCCGGCAGACCACGUCCGCAAGGGCUUCGUACUGAGGCAACGGUCGAACGGGAGCGACUUAAACAAGUUCACGACAUGCAAACUGCCCUUCGGAGGAACUUUCCCAACUGGAGAGUAGAGAACGUCCCAAUGAUGCUCUUAUAUCGUGACAACAAUUUUGUCCAGGACCGUGCUCAAGAGGCAAUUACAUCGCGCGCGGGGGACUAUGACGACUAUGAAGAGGAGGCUGCUAGGUUAAGUGGCCCUCCGGACGGCCAGUUAGAUAUGGAUCAGAGACUCGCACUGUUCUUGAACAUCUCGGCCACAAACAGCGUGUACUCUGCGCGACAACUGCUUCAAAAACACCACUGGGAUGUCGGGGCCGCCAUCGAAGCCUGGAUGGAGGCCGGAGGGGUUCGCGUGACGUUCCCACCUGACAAUCCCGCGGAUCAAGGUGGAAAUUAUGGGCUGCGGGAUGUCAAUGUGAACCGUCCCCCUCGAAUUCGAGACGGUCAGUUCCAGUUCUUUGACGACGACUACAUAAAGUUGCUGAGUUUCGUUUCUAAGAAGCGCAAGGCGCCUGAGAACGGAGCAGACGGCGACCCCAGCGACCCGAGCAGCAGUGACCCGAGCAGCAGUGACCUGAAGUCUGUCAUCUCGGGAGGUCAUUCAGGCGAGCCUGACCCAGAGCUCGGGGCUCCUUCCUCUAUAGCAAGAAAACGUCGGAAGACCGCCGCCAGUGAAAUGGAGUCUGACGUAGCGUCCGGAUCAGCUCCUGGUCCUGAGCUCGACGAAAGCGAGGAAAGCGACGACGAUGGUCAGCGAUAUAGGGGAUUCGUCGCCGGUCGCGACUAUAUCCGCGGCAACCGUGGUGGUACAGGCAAUCCUCGCGGUGCUCUAGUUAAUCCCAGCCGGGAUCCCGCCGUCGUCCACUGUCCGGAUCCGACCAAAUUGUAUAUCGAAUACAUCAAAGAAGGUAAGUACAAGUGCAUGCGGUUCAAAGGACAAGCGAAAGGCAGGAGGGAUAUGCGCUUCCGGUGGGAAGACGACAAGCCCGACGACGAUGAUACACUUGAAGAGGUAGAGUUUGACUGGCACAACAAAGCACACAUUGUGCUAUUAAAUCGUUGGAGGAACGAUCGCCAUGUCCAGAUCACGGGUGUCACCAAAGGGGAUCUCAACGGCGGGCCAUUCAACAAGUACGAGGAGCAAUGGCUGGUGGAACAGGAAGCCAUGCGGAUCGAGGAGAAGUUUUGCGCCAGGGCCGGUCAGGCUCCGGGCCAGAAUGUUGGUCGAUCUGAUCCCGCGCAAUACCAAGUAGCCGAGGCGGAAUACGACCGGGGCACCAAUUUCCCGGUUCCAUUGAGUGCGGCAGAGCUUCAAGACCUCACGAAUCGGUUCAACGCCACGUUUAUGAACAGGCGGUAUUACAACAAGGUCAACUGGAUGCCGGAUCCCAACAACCAGUUCAAGUUCAUACCCACUGCCGUCCUGAAAGACAUGGCCCUGGUGGGCCCGGUGCCCCGCCCACAGCGGAGUAUCAACGAGAUCAAACAGCACCGGUGCCGCAUCGCUGCUUACUCCAAGCACUACAUGCUCCGGCACGACAAGGCCAAAUGGAAGAACGUCCAGGACGAGAGUGAGUUGGUCAGCGACAUCGACUCGGACUUUGAGGACGUGAGCGGCCGCCGCGCUCCCCUUCCAGUUCUUCCCGCGGCGGCGACCAAUGCCGGUGGCGGCAGUGGCACCCAGGCCCAGACUGGCACCGAGGCAGCUCAGAAUGCCAACGCCGGACCCUCAACUGCCAGCAGCGGCGCCGGCCAGAACGCCAACGACUCUCUUCUAAUCAGCGACGACAACAUGGACCUCCUUGACGACGAUGAUGACGUGGUAGAGGACGAGGAUAUGUACGGACCCGGAUAG